AUGAGAGCCAAAUAUCUUGGUCAAUUGGCUACUCGUCUUUACAUCGUUCUUCUUGUCAUUGGUCUUAUUAUUCUCACUCUUUAUUCUGUCGUUAAACCACGACUUCUGUCGAAGUCUUUUGCGAAACCAUCACUCGAUGUUUACAACUCUCUCGUGCGCGAUCAUCACGAUACACUCCGAUGUCCUUGUUCAAAUAUUUCAUCAGUAUAUGAUCGGUAUGUUCAAAUCGAACCAAAAUUUCAUCAGAUCUGUUCGAGUCCGUUUGUGUCCGAUGAGUGGCGGAAAAGUCUUACAUCGAAUCUUGUUCCAGAUCUUUCUAUUUAUACUCAAAGAGAUUAUCGUCGUUUCAUUUCAGCCCAUUUACAAUUUCUGACUGGAUUAUGUCGUCUAUCCAAUCAAUCAGUAAACGCUUCUGUUGGGCAAUUUCUCUCGUCAUUAUUUGUCACUCCUGCACUAUUAUCAGAGACAGAUUUUGAUGCACAAGUCAAUUCGCUUAUCGAACAGAGUAAAGUGAAUACUCCCAGAAUAUUCACUCGUUUUAUUCGUCUUAUCCGAGACACAAAUCAUGGCAACGCAAUCAUAUCAGCUUAUGGUACAAAUUUUGAAUAUAUCGAUCCUUUGUAUUCUACAAAAAGGUAUGCUGCGAACACGAAAGCAAUAACUUAUGACAAUUGUUCAUGUCAUUUGAAUGCCAACUGUACUAUUCAAGCUGCUUUUGUUGAUAUAAAUUCUACAUCAGAAGUCAUUCCAAUCAUAGGCUUAAAAAUAGGUUGUACACCGACUGAAUCAUUUCUAGCAUCGAGUCUUGCAUGUUUUUACAAUUUAUCUUGUAUUAAUCUCAUUUAUAAUCAAUUAAACUAUAGCAAUAAUAUUCCAAGUGUUGCUAUGCCAUUAUCUACAGAUAAAAGUCGAUUUUCCAGUAAUACACCUGUUAUCGAUCUUGUUAACAAAGUUUUUAUUGAAAACUGGUCGACAGCAAUCAAUUACUCAUCUUAUUUUGAUCAAUGUUCAUCUUCAUCGUGUUCAUAUACUUACAUUGAACGAGUCAAUUUAUUAUACACCGUGACUCUUAUAUCGGGUAUUUAUGGUGGUCUUAGUCUUAUACUCAAGUGGCUUUGUCCAAUGAUAAUUCGCCUAUGGUUUAAAACAUAUGAAUGUCGAAAGAAGCGAACGAACCGUAUCGAAUCUAUGUCUACUGAUGAAAUGGUGACCGAUCAGGAAACUAACACAUCAGUGAGACAUUCAAAUGCUUCUAAUAUUACUGACAGUUUAACAUUGGUCUCCACAGCUUCGACUAAUACAUCCUCAAUAUUACAACGUUUUCUCUGCUGUAAAGUUCUACCCUGUGUACUUAUAACUAUGGCUAUUAUUAGCCUAUCUGUUUAUCUAAUUAACAAAGGAAAACAUCACACUUUUUCAAGGAGCAAUACAGUUCGUACGACAACGGCGGUAAUUGAUAUGCUUGGCUUUUCAACUAUUGACUCUACUGCAGCAGAACCACCGUGUCCGAUAGCAUUUCAUUCAAUUAUUUUAUAUCCAGGUCACAUUCAUCUUUCAUCAAGCCCGCUUGCUGUUGCUGAUUUUAAUAGCGAUGGUCAUCUAGAUAUCGCUAUCAUCAAACGUGGCGAACGAAAUAUAGACUUGCUAUUCGGAAAUGGGAACGGAAAUUUUCAAGAACCAACAAAAUCUUUGAUCUUAAGUGAUAAUGAAUUAACUUUAGUCGUAGUAGGUAAUUUGAAUAACGAUAGUUAUCCGGAUCUCGUUUUUGCUAAUGGUGCAAAUAAUGAUAUUGGAGUUUUACUCGGGACUCGUGGUGGCACUUUUCUAGCACAAAUGACGCAUUUGAUCGAAGCCGAUGGUUUAUUAAAUUCUAUUAUUAUAGGUGAUUUCAAUAAUGAUGACGCAACAGAUUUAAUUGUUACUACCACAAUAGAAAACACAUGUUGGAGCAAUAUUUGCGUUCUUCUUAGCAGUGGAAAAGAAACUUUUGGGCCAACUAUAGUAAUUCCAGUAGAAUUUCGAUUUGAGCCAACAUCUGCUAUUAUAGGAGAUUUCAAUCAUGAUGAUCGAUUAGAUUUCGUUUUUACUGAACGCUCAUAUGAUAAUGUAAUGCUUUUCCUUGGGAAUGGUAGUGAUGGAACAUUCCAUGAACUGAAGAAAUUUAUGACUGGAAUUCGUGCUUUACCAAGAUCCAUAAUUGCUUGUGAUUUCAACAAUGACGGACACCAAGAUUUUGCUGUUGCCCUUAGUGUAGCAAAUGGCGUAGGACUAAUGUUUGGGAAUGGUGGCGGAGACUUUACAGUACCAAUCGAAUUUUUGACUGGGUCUUUUAGAAAACCCGCAUUUAUCGCUACAGGUGAUUUUAAUAGCGAUGGUCGACUGGAUAUCGUUGUUACAAGCGAAACUAAUCUGACUAUGGGUAUUCUAUUUAGUUCAUGUGAAUGCUGCGGAUUUAAACCCUUAAAUAAACGUACAUUAGUUUAA